UGGGAGAGUAGCGUCGUGACAUCAUGGUUAUUUUUAGAGCGGCAGCGGCAGCAGAUAAGGUUAGCCUCCACGCUGCACAGCUCAGAGUGUAUACACACAGAGGCAGAGGAGCAGCACUGAGGCUUCUCCCGUCCGCACUAACUUUCAUUCACGGACGAUCCACAAGUCCGGAUACUUUCACUAAAGCUUUGAGAACUGUUACAUCUCAGCACUGAACGAGCGGCGAUCGGCGAGUUAAAGAAGUAAGUCUCGAUUCCUGUGUCAAGAAAGUGCGCUCAAAGUUUGGAAGUUUUUUUUAACGCGCAGAGAGGACGUUUGGAAACCAGUGUUUUCCUCCUUAACCGGGAAGAAGAGAAGAAAGAGGGAAAGACAAGUUGUUUUGUACAAGAUCUUAAAACAAAGCAGCAUUUUUUUUGUUCACUUCUAUGUAUACCAAGAUGGAAACUACUUUCUAUGACGACUCACUCAACGCUUUCUCCCAGCACGAAAACGCCGGCUACGGAUACAACAACCCCAAAACGCUGAAACACAACAUGACACUGAACCUCUCAGACCCGACCGGCACUCUAAAACCCCACCUCCGCGCCAAAGCCGGCGACAUCCUCACCUCCCCCGACGUGGGUCUGCUGAAGCUGGCCUCCCCGGAGCUGGAGCGUCUCAUCAUCCAGUCCGGCAACGGCCUGAUCACCACCACGCCGACCCCGACCCAGUUUCUUUGCCCCAAGAACGUGACGGACGAGCAGGAGGGCUUCGCGGAGGGGUUCGUCCGGGCACUGGCUGAGCUCCACCACCAGCACAUGCCGGGCACAACCAACGUGAGUGUGACCUCUGCUGCUCAGACCAGCGUCAACACGACCCUGCCCCCGGUGUCAUCUGUUGCCGGCGCCACUGUUUACAGCAACAAUGCCACCAUGCGCUCUGACUCGCCGGUCUACGAGGACUUGAACACUUUCAAUCCGACCAUCAGCACCGUGUCGGCGCCAAACUACACCACCUCUGCCCCAACCAUGUCUUUCUCUGCUGCCCCGCCUCAGCUUCCCAUCUACGGCCAGGCCUCCUCAGCCCAGCUCCCCAGGCUCACUGCACUCAAAGAAGAGCCUCAAACUGUUCCCGAGAUGCCCGGGGAGACACCCCCUCUCUCUCCCAUCGACAUGGAGAGCCAGGAGCGCAUCAAGGCUGAGAGAAAGCGGAUGAGAAACCGCAUCGCCGCUUCCAAAUGCCGGAAGAGGAAACUGGAGCGCAUCUCCAGGCUGGAGGACAAAGUGAAGACCCUCAAGUCCCAAAACUCUGAGCUGGCGUCCACCGCCAACAUGCUGCGCGAGCAGGUGGCCCAGCUGAAGCAGAAAGUGAUGAACCAUGUCAACAGUGGCUGUCAGCUGAUGUUGACGCAGCAGCUCCAGACCUUCUGAGGUGGUGUCAGAUAAAGGAAAGACUGUAGUUGAAAGAAGCGGACACUUCCUGUGAUAGCGAGUGGCUGUGCCUCCCGAAAUCACGACGGGAUUCGGGACGAUAUGGCGCGACACUGGCAGGACCGGGGGCUGCACCGAAAGUUCCUCAGUGCCACGAGCUCCCCCCGGUGGCGUGUCCUAGAGACGGGCUCGGGACAGUGACAGCAGCCGUGAACCGGUGGGGGCAUGGCACCGGGAAGAACACCUUUCUGUUUCGUGCUAUUUUCACAGAACUGGACUGGACUGAAGUUUUCUUGAUUUACAUCCAGCUCUGCAUGGACCUUAUCUUGACCAUCAAUGGGAAAAGUUCAGUAUUAGGGGAUUUAAGAACCUGCAAUAGAGACUUUUCUCGCUGUAGCCAUGGUGGCCUCCACAUGGGGCUUGUUGGUAAACUACAAACAGCUGAAAAGUUGUAACAAAUGCUGCCUGAGUUCUGAGUUACAGUACAAAGUACGUUUUCUUAAUUGUAAGAAGUUAAGUUAGAAAAGCUUCAAGAUUUACUUGUUUUUUUUCUAAAGUUGUUUAAUGGGGUUUCACUCAUUGUUAUAUGUAUAUAAGAUCAACUUGGAGUACUUAUGUUUACCAUUUGUAAUAAGAAUACUGUAUAAUUUUUUUAUGUUUGUGUUCUGAGCACUUCAGAAACUAAUCAAUAUUUAAGAAAAUAAAAAAAAAAAAGAUAAAACAAGCCAGCAUUGCCUCUGUG